UUUGCUGGGAGGAGGGGUGGAUGUGACUUAUGACGGUGUGAUUAAAAUGAAUUCGCUGUUUGCAAGGGCGAUGGCUGAGAGAGAGGCGGAUGUAGCGGGGGUGGUUGACCCGGAUGUCGUGCUGCUGGAGAUGCGGCUGAGGAGAAGGGGCUCCACGGAGCAUCAGGGCGAGCCCCCCCGAUGGGCCCUCACCUCCUCUCUCUGGCGCGUUGGCUGGUUCCCCUUCGUUCUGGACAACCUGCCUUCGGAGAUCCAGCCGGCCAAUCACAAGCCGCCAGCUGGCGUGGACGAGGCGGGCGUGCGGAGAUUUCUGGGGAGGCAUGCUGAGCUGGACACUGGAGGGCCAGUCGGGUUCGUGAUGUGGAGUCAGAGACAGUUCCGGGAAGCUUCCUCUGCUGCAGCUACAGCAGCAGCAGCAGCAGCAGUGGGUGAGGGAGAAGCAGCAAGCACUGUAGCAGCGACGCCCGCAUUCAACCGGAACGGGUUGCGGGUUUCGUUGUUUUCGGAGCCCAUGCCGCCCUUCCUGUAUGGGCGGGGGCCUCAGGGGUGGCAAGAUGCGAGCACCGAGUAUGGCUCUCAGCAGCAUAUGGUGCAUGUGGUGGAUGGCACCGGUGCUGCCACUGCCAUCCGCAUCGACCCACAGUAUGAUGCCGAGAAGGAGGCAGAGAGAGCGAGGGGCGGCGCUGAGGGGAGCGUGAGGUGGAUGGCGCUGCCACGUGAUUUUCGAGUCGCCUAGAAAAAGAUUUUCUUUUAACUCUUGUAUUGCGUUCGCCCUGGUUGUGGUUGGCAUUCGACCUCCAGUGAACACUUAUGAGUCGACUCAAACGCAGACGCGUCCUCACUUUCUUGCACUGCAAGUGUGCCACUUUGGAGUCAUUUUUUAGCGUUCAAUCAUCUUCACUUCUAAAGAAUGACUCCGAUCAAACUCCUGCGAACACGCACACAUCUUCACUUACUUGCACUGCAAGU